ACUAUUGACUCCUUUACCGCACGAAAGAAGUACUAAAAUCUUUCCCUUCAUUGUAAUGUGUUUCGUUCUGAAACUGAGGCUCGUGAACAUUGACUUUUCCGUCCUUAUCUUCGGAAAAUUAUAUUAAAUUCUCACAUCAGAAUUCAUUCGAGUUAACACAAUGGACGCCAUCUCUUACUGUAUCGUUUCACUCAUAUUAUCUUCUUCCUUACUUCACCCAUCACUCUCAGCUCUUUCUGCAGAACUCCCUCGUUCUGAAAGAGAAGCAUUAGAGAUCAUCAUCGGAGGCGGAGGCGCCCCUUCUCCUCCCGCCGACUGUCCCCCUCCGCCGCCUCCGCCACCUCCGCCGCCUCCGCCGCCUCCGCCGCCUCCGCCGCCUCCGCCGCCUCCGCCGCCUCCGCCGCCUCCGCCGCUGUCUCGCCGGCUGGUGAGCGCACGCCGUGUGCUUCUGAAAUUUGCCAAGACAGUUGACGACCCCAAUUGCUUCACCCGAAGCUGGAAGGCUGAAGACAGCCCCUGUAACUACAAGGGUGUUAGAUGCGCGGAUUACCCAUAUGGGAAUAAGGAGAGAGCCGUUGCAGGAUUAGAUUUCAACCAAGCUGGUUUUUCUGGUCGUCAAGGUUCAAGAUUGAGUCUUUCAGGAAUCUUGGGUUCGAUUCGAGAGUUGACAUUCUUCCAUGUCAACUCCAACAAUUUCUCAGGACAGGUCCCCGCAGAAAUCAGUAAUUCCAAAUUUUUCUUCGAGCUUGAUUUAAGCAACAACAAGCUCGAAGGUUGUUUCCCAAUGGAAGCUCUUUCAAAUAAUCAGAUACUUUUCUUAGAUCUCAGGUUCAAUGACCUCACUGGACCAGUCCCUCCGAAGCUCUUCACCAUGGAUCUAGACGUCAUCUUCAUCAACAACAACAAAUUCAGCAGCAAACUUCCGUGGAAUUUCGGAAACACACCUGCAAGAUACCUCACAUUCGCCAACAACAGAUUCACGGGACCAAUCCCAAGUAGCAUAGGAAAUGCUUCGAAGACUUUGACGGAAGUUCUCUUCCUGGGAAACCAGUUUUCUGGGUGUCUACCUUACGAGAUUGGGUUCCUGAAAAAAGCUGUAGUCUUCGAUGUGAGCAAGAACUCAUUGACUGGUCCAAUCCCAGAAUCUUUUGCAUGCUUACAGAAGAUUCGCUUCCUGAAUUUAGCUAACAACAAAUUCUACGGCGCUGUUCCGGAAUCAGUGUGCGAGCUUCCUGGAAUUUGCAACAACGGGAAUCUUACCUUGGCGGGUAACUAUUUCACUUACGUGGGACCAAAAUGCAAGAAGCUGAUAGAUUCUAAGGUGCUUGAUGUGAGCCAGAAUUGCAUAAAGGGGCUUCCCAAUCAGAAAUCACCAGAAGAAUGUCACAAGUUUCUAUCUUGCGUGAAACCAUGCCCGAAUGAAUGGUCUCUCAAGCUUGUUCCGUGUAAGAAAGGCUCUUAUUCCAAGUACGAUGAAACGGCGCCGCCUCCCGCGCCUGUGACGUACGAGACACUGAAGCCGACACGCCAUCGUUUAAUGUGAACCAAAGGCCCAAGCAUGUUGGUAGGCUGGCUUACGUGUAUUCUCCUCCCACCGUAUUGGUGGAUUUGUGUUUUUAUGGUUAACUUUUCUGCUUUGGGGUCUCGUUAAGAUGGCGUUUAUUAUGAAUAACGAAAUUUGGGCUCCUCAAGUGUUGUUAAUUCUCUGAAAUUUGUCGCAACUAAGUUUGAUAUGGUAA